AGCCAUCAAAGAGCUGCUGCAGGACUUUCACCUAAGUAUCAAUAACUGAACGUACAAUGUCAGAACACGAUGAUACUUUAUUGGAUGAAGAUCUUGGAGAUGAAGAAUAUGAUCUAGGCAAUGAUGAAGAAGAGGCACUAUUAGCAGAUGAUUAUGAAUUGGAGAGGCAGAAUAGCUAUAAGGGAGAAGAGGAGACAGAUGAUGUACUGGAUUUAGGAGUAACCGACGCACUUGACGACCUAGAUGGUGAAGAUGAAAAUAUAGACUUUAGUAGAAGCAACACCAAUAGAAGUAAUGACAAUGAUUUUUAUGAAGACGGAGAUCAGCUUGAAGAUCAGUCGAAAUAUUACGAGCAAGAUGAAAUUAAUGAAUACAAAAGCGAACAAAUGUGUCAACAAGACGACCGUUCUGCAGGCGACAGCGUCAGUACUUCUACCAAUAUUGGCAAAGGAGAUUUGCGAGAAAAAUUGCAGAAGAAUGCAGCAAAAAUCUACGCCGGGACCGGACAAGGAAUGGAAGACGAUGAAUGCGAAGAGGCCAAGGAAAGGAGGAACAGAUUUCAAAACGAGAGAACUAUAGUUUCUCCGAAAAUGAAUAGCAAUAUACCAGAUACUUUGGAAAACGUUCUAACAUCUGAACCAUCAAAAUUGAUAUGCAGAGGCCGAGGAAGAGGCCGAAGUACAAGAGGAAACCGUGGAGGAAGAUUUAAUACACAGAAUUCUGGAAAUUUUAAUCCAAGAUUUAAUAACGCGCGCAACGUGAACUUCGAUAAUCAACCACCAGUGUGUAGGCCACCGUUGCUCGAAGCCAGACCACCGUUUCUUCUCGGAGUACCAAACAACAUACAAAAUCAGCAGAUAAUCUAUCAACAACCAAACUCUCAAGUACAACCUUUCCAGCAUUAUUCUCCAAAUGGUUCUCUCCAAGGCCCUACGCACUUUGUAAAUAGUAGACCGCAAUUCAAUCCUAAUCAAUUUCAAGGUCAAGUGGGUCCUCGAAUAAUCGGGCCGAGACUAGAUUACAGACCUCGAGCUAGUUUAUCAGGAUCGUUACAAGGCCCGCCUUAUAACCACCCAGCGAAUCAACCGCCGUACGCCCAAAUUCAACCGGGUCCAUUUCAAAAUUCAGGCGUGCUCAUGCAGGAUAAUCAGACACGUCUGAUACAAAACAACCAAGGUCCGUUGUUACAAGGAAAUCCAGGAGGAUCCUUACUGGGAAAUCUGAAUCCAUUGGUACCGGGCACUUCAGCGUCGUUGUUACAAAGAAAUCAGACUUUACCAAUGCAAGGGUUUCCGCGACAACCUUCUCAGGGGCCACCCAUUAAUCAUCCUAAUGUACAAAUAUCCAAUCAGUCGCCGUUUGAGAACAGACCAAGUUUUCAAGAAGCUCAGUUCGAAAACCGACCAGUUUACGAUUCGAGGUCCGGCUACUCUGACCAAGUACCUACCAGCCAAUUUAAUAUUAACACAUUACCGGUACCGCAACAGUCCGCUCCCAAUGUACCCAAUGUACCUUUACCCCCAGGACACAAGAUUUUAAUCAAUCCACAUUUUCGAGGCGCUGUUCAAUCGACGAAUGAUGCGGCAAGGCUUGCCUGGGAUUCUGCUCAACAGCAGACAUCUUUAUCAUCCCAAAUACCCAAUAGUCAGUUCUCACAACCAGCAUCUUCUUAUCAAAAUCAAAAUCCAUAUGGUCAAACUCAACAAGGACCACAACCGCAGUACCAACAGAAUUAUCAACAAAAUAAAAGUGAUGAUCCUUACGCGUAUUUCUCUGACGUGUGGCAAGAGAAUAAACCGCAGAAAAGUCAGAGUGGAACUUUGACUAAACAAUACUCUGUGGAAAGUAGUUACUCGCGAGACAGUAAUUACGAGGGUGGUUCGAAGUAUAAAUCAGGACAAUGGGAUCAGAAGGACAAUUACCAAGAGGAACACAGAGGAGUCCAUCAGAAUUAUCGCGACAGAGACUUAUCAUCCAAAACUAGAACUGAUCAUGUCGCAAAAAGCAGACCGCCUCCGUCGAACUUAUAUCGCGACAGCUACGAUCAGAAUCAUGCACAAAAAUCACCUGGUAACAGACCCAUGAAUACUUCGGUCAGAGCUAGGUUACCGCAAAAAAGAGUCUCCGAUCCAGUGGAGAGACCUCUGCGUGACCUAAGUCCAAAACGAAUGAAACCUAGCAAUAGGAAUCUUCAAGAAGUACGGACAGUAGAUACAUUAAAUACUACAAACAAUGAAAAAAAGGAUGAAGACAGUGAUCCGGAAAUGCAAGAGUACAGAAAGAAAAUGGAAGAACAGAAGCGACUUAGGGAAAAGAUUUUGCGUGAAAAGGAAAACAGGCGAAAAAUGGCUGCAAUGGAAAAGCAAAAUGAGGAAGCUAAAAAUGAAAGUAAUAUAUCAAGCGAAAGUACACAGGAUACAAAACCAGUGUCGGUACUUAUGGGAGUUGUGAGAGAUGCUUCCAUGAACAAAGAUCAUAUCAGUGUUGGCAGAGGACGCGGACGUCCUGUCAGUACACAAGCUACAGAGGCUGCAGAGAAACCGUGUGUGCGAAUUGUCAGAACAAUACAAACUGUACAGUCGAACGAUUCAGUAGAUCCUACAAAGGACAAUAACGCUGGACAUGCAACUGGUCAAGUCAAUGAUAAUACAAAAAUUUUGAAUGCGCAGUCUGGAACGCGAAGAGUUGUAAUUCAAAAAUCAUUAUUGAGCACACAGAAGAUAGCCACCACUAUACAAAAAACGGUGUCAAAUCUACAAAAAGGUCAGUUAGUAGGACAAAAUAAAGCAACUAACCCGGUACAGUGUAUAACUCAGAAAGGCGGGCUGAGUCAGUCUGAUCCGCUGUCAAAGUCGGUAACGAUUGGACAGAACAUCGGUAUCAAUCCGCAGAGAAUUGUUAAGCAAAAGUCACCCGUGUGUCUACAAAAAACUGUUAUCAACGUACAAGAAGUAACGAACCCCAAUGCACAAAAGGUUAUCAGCACACAAAGCAAUCAAAGAGUUGUACUUCAAAAGGCAGGGACUCAACAAAAAAAGUUACCGGAAAUAAAGACAAAUAUUGUGAAGGUAGACAAUUUAGCAGCAAGUACGUCGGAGACACAGAUUAGACGUAUGUGUCAAGGGAUUGGAACAAUUGAGAGCAUACAAAUGGGCGAGCGUAGCGCAACAAUUGUGUUUAAGACGCAAUCCGCUGCCAUGGUGUUUCACAAAAAAUACCAACGUAAAAUGAUAGACCUUUCGCUGAUAACUGUUCGCCUUGUACCGCAAUCGAGCGGAACUAAAACCACGACUACAGUUGUAAAAGUUUCUUCAGAGAUACACUAGCUAAAGU